AUGGAGAAACACCCCAAGGAUCACCUAUACAGAUUAUUACGGCUGCGAAGAAGCCAAGAAAGGGAGCUUAAGGACCGUCAACGAUUAGAAGAGAAAGCUAAGAAAGAUAAAGAGAAGCGUCUUAAGAACGAGGAGGAGAAGAAAUAUAAUACAGAGCAGAAAGAAAAAAAAGAGGAAGUAUAG